CACAAUUAUCAUUUCUGUCUAUCUGCUAACUAUAUGAAUGACAACAAAUGCAUUGUAUGAAGUCUAUUUGACUAGAGACGUCUUGCUGUUUUCAACUUGCAUUUAAAUACUUCGUUUAUUCUUGCGAAUCAAGCGUUGACUUCAUAGGAAGACGAAAGAAAGCCUGGAGAUAUAAACUGAUUCAGCACAAGAGAAACGUAUUCGCUUACAGGGACAAAUCGAGAAGGAAUCUUCCAUUGAAGAGCUCAAAUUAAGUGGGCAGUUGAACUUCGCACACGAUACUCGAGUAUUCGAUAAAGAGGCUUUACUGAUCGUGACGUCGCAAGACACGUCACUAUUGAAACUAUUCGAAAAUGCCGAAGUUGAUGGAUGCAAUUGUGUCUACGGAUGCCAAGGACCUGCGUAUUCCCAUCAGUCAGGAUACUACAGGCCGUGAGCUCUAUUACAAGGUCGUAUCUUUCAUUGGCCUCAAAGAAAUCUGGUAUUUUGGCUUGGAGUACCAAGACACAAAAGGUUUUAUAAAUUGGUUGAAACUUAACAAAAAGGUGAGUCAACAAGAUGUUAGACAGGAAGAGAAGACCUUACAUUUUAGGUUUCUCAUAAAGUACUAUCCCGAAGAUGUCAGCGAGGAGCUAGUCCAAUUCGUCACUCAGGAAGUAUUUUUUUCACAAGCGAAAGCUGCAAUACUCAAUGAUGUCGUGUACUGUCCAUCGGACAAAGCAGUUUUGCUGGCUUCAUUGGCGUGUCAAGCCAAACGAGGUGAAUAUGCUGAGCUUUCAUACGCGGAAAGGCUUCUGAAUAAAGAAAAACUAUUGCCAGACAGGAUUGUCAGGCAAUAUAAAUUGACGAAAGACGAGUGGGAUCAACGAAUCACGGAACUUUGGGUACGCCAUGGUGAUAUGAUGAGCGAAGAUGCAGUUAUGGCGUAUCUUAAGGUUGUGCAAGAUCUUGAAAUGUAUGGUGUGACAUUCUUCGAGAUUCAAAACAAAAAGGGAAGUUACCUGUGGCUCGGCCUUGAUGGUUACGGCUUGCAUAUUUACGAGAGGGAAAACAGGUUAACUCCGAAAGUUGGUUUUCCUUGGUCCGAAGUGAAAACGUUGUCAUUCAAUGGCAGGAAAUUUUUCAUAAAACCUCUAGACAAGAAAAGUCCGGACUUCGUGUUUACUGUUUAUUCUGUGGAAAUCAACAGACAGAUACUGGCUUUAUGUAUGGGUAAUCACGAAAUGUACAUACGACGACGUCAAAAUGAACCGACGACUAUCACUCAAAUGAAAGCAGAGGCAAAGCAUCAGCGACAGAUAAAGCAAGAAGAGAAGUUGACGCUUAAAAAAGAAAGAGAAGAGAGAAAGAAGGCCGAAGAAUUGAACCUACAGCUUAUCGAGAAAGCAAAAAGUCUGGAAAUAAAAGCUAAGGAAACCGCUGAAGCUUUGGAGAUAGAACGUCAGCUUAAACAGGAUUUGGAAGAGUUACAUAAAUUAGCGGAAGACGAAAGUGCCAAGGAGCGUCAGAAAAACCAGGAAAUUGAACAGCAGAAGCAGGAAAUUAUCCGCCAACUGAACGAGCAGCAAGUUGCAAACGAUUCCUUGCGUCAACAACAUUUGGCUGAGCAGCAGGAGUUGGAAAAAGUGAAGCGUGAAAAAGAGAUGAACGAAAAGCUUUAUCUGGCAAAUACUAGAAUGGGACAUCUCAACGACAGAAGGAAAACGCCUGAGAAUAACUACAGUUAUUCACAACCUCCUGUCGAAUCUCAUCACAACGCGUACGUACCUGGUGAAUUCGAUGGUGAAGCAAGGUCGGCGCAUGAAGUGGAUAGACUAGAUAAUCCUCCGUCGCCUGACUACGAUCGUGAGGUGUCGAUGGAAGGUUAUGUCAAGAACUAUCUUGAUGAACUAACCAAAGAUCUUUCUUCUGUGGUCGAGGACACAAAACUAACUAAUUUGGAUCGUAUUCAUGUUGAGAACGUCAAAGCUGGAAGGAAUAAAUAUAAUACGUUGAAGGCAAUACGUGUAGGCAACACAAAACAAAGAAUUGACGAAUUUGAAUGUAUGUAAUAUCGUCAGAAAGGACGGUAAAAAUUCUUAAACAUGAAGGUCAAUGUUUUCUGCCUUUUUGGCUUGUUAUAACAUGUUUUUCGAUUAUAUACAAAACUGCAAUUUUCUUAAAUAGUUAAUUAUCUUUAGCUUUUAAAAUUCAACACGUCAUUUGUAUUAUGCAACCUUUUAAAUUGUUUAGUUAUGUAUUUAAUUACUGCACGUCUUAUUUUAUAAUUCAAUGCAUUCAUUAAAUUGUUUAUUAUGUAUAAA